AUGCAAACAUUUCUUUACAAACUUGUUGGAGUUUUUUCUGAAUAUUUUAAAGAUGUUGAGGAAGAAUCUGUUAAAGACAAUUUUGUUAUAAUUUAUGAAUUGCUAGAUGAAAUGAUGGAUUUUGGUUAUCCUCAAGUUACUGAAGGAAGAAUAUUGAGAGAGUAUAUAACACAAGAAGGAUAUAAAUUGGAAAAGAGCCAAAUACGUCCUCCAAUGGCUGUUACUAAUGCGGUAUCGUGGCGUUCUGAGGGUAUUAAACACAGGAAAAAUGAAGUAUUUUUGGAUGUUAUUGAAUCGUUAAAUUUGCUGGCAAAUGCAAAUGGUGUUGUUUUACAAAGUGAAAUAAUUGGUUCAGUUAAAAUGCGUGUAUUUCUAACUGGAAUGCCUGAACUUCGUUUAGGAUUAAAUGAUAAAGUUCAAUUUGAGAAUACUGGAAGAGGUAGAAGCAAAACAGUUGAAUUAGAAGAUAUUAAAUUUCAUCAAUGUGUUCGUCUGUCAAGAUUUGAAAAUGAUCGUACAAUUAGCUUCGUUCCACCAGAUGGAGAAUUUGAGUUGAUGAGUUAUAGGUUGAGCACAGUUGUUAAACCUUUGAUUUGGAUUGAAACUGUAAUUGAACGCUUUUCACAUUCACGUAUUGAAUAUAUGAUUAAGGCAAAAUCCCAAUUUAAACGUCGUUCAACAGCCAAUAAUGUAGAAAUUAUUAUACCAGCACCGCGUGAUGCAGACACUCCUCGAUUUAAAGCAGCAAUAGGGCAUUGCCGUUACGUCCCAGAAGAAACUGCUUUUAUUUGGAAUAUUAAAAGUUUCCCAGGCGGUAAAGAAUACUUAAUGAGAGCACAAUUUAAAUUGCCAAGUGUUGUCAGUGAAGAGGCUGAAAGAAAGCCGCCAGUCAAAAUUAGAUUUGAAAUUCCUUAUUUUACUACAUCUGGAAUUCAGGUCCGCUAUCUAAAAAUUAUUGAAAAGAGUGGAUAUCAGGCACUUCCAUGGGUUCGUUACAUUACAACAAAUGGAGAUUAUCAAUUACGAAUUCCAUAA